AUGACCCAUCUCUUAGGACGUCAGGACUGCGUUGAAAGUCUCCGGAGAGAUCUAAUAGAUCUUCAAGGUGCUGUUCUCGAUGUCUUCUCUCGGACAGGCCCAGUUCGAUUCCCCUCCUGGAAGUUCCCAGAUAAGCUUUCAUGCAAUCUGGACCUGGUGUCACUAUUAGAACAAUACGACUUUGUUGAUGGGGAGGAGGAAUUCAAUCAGCAUUCACAUAUUGUUUUGCUGGAGUUGGUGAUUGACAGGUAAGUUAUUGUACAAAUGGCCUAUUGUAAAAAUCUGAUGUGGCUAUAGGGAAUAAUAAUAAGCCAUUUAGCAGACGCUUUUAUCCAAAGCGACUUACAGUCAUACAUUUUUUUUGUGUAUCCCGGGGUUUCGAACCCACUACCUUGGCGUUACAAGCGCCGUGCUCUACCAGCUGAGCUACAGAGGAACACAAUAGUUGGAAAUGAUUAUACAUGACUGUAAUCCAUUUAUUUUCCCUAGAUUGCUACUCCUGCUGCAAAGUUUCAAUGCCCAUGCAGAGCAGUUGAAGUUGGGACAGAAGAGAGAACACAUUCAGCAAAAAGGUCCAUGUGUAUCAAUUGGCCUUGUAGUUAGACACUAUUGGAAUAACUUGAUCCAGAUUGGCAACCAGAGGGUGGUGAGUUUUUAAAGCACUCCUGGUGUUAAUAUAUAUAUAUAUAUAUUUUCACAUACAGUAGCUAAAAUUCAUAUCUUAUGACCAUGUUGUUUCCCCCUCUUAUUCAGAGCAUGAAGCAAGAUAUUCAAGAAGUGAUCAAAACUCGAAAAUGUGAGGAAAAGACAACUUUCUCUUCAGCAUCCUCACUUCUGACCACAAAAAGUGAUCUUGGUCCACAGUCUCCAUCCAUAGUGUCUCAGCACUGUACCUCAAAAACAGCAGCAAGCACUCCAUUGUGUCCUCCACAGAAAAUAUUAAAUGGCGCCCUCUCCUGUCCUACUCACAGAACAGCAAGCAGCAUCCCCUCCUGCCUUCCCCUUAUUUCCACGGACACUCGUAAUGUAAGUUGCCAGACAGUAGUGUCCUCGCUUGUCCCCUGUGAUGCCUGUGCUAACGUCCAGUCCAGUUUGAGGGAGACUGGUGAUGCUCUGGUGGAGCUGUGUCGGAGCGAGGGCCUUCCCUCCUCUCUGCAGCGCCUCCUGGUGGCUGUGGAUGACACCCUGGAGCAGGGCCGUCUGACUGCAGGAGAUGUGUCCCAGUGGUCCACAGAGCAGCGCAGGGACAUGGGCCGGGUGGGUAAGCAUCUGCUGGAGGUGCGGUCCACAGUGCAGCCUCUCAGAGACAGCCUUCAGGCAGCGGAAAGGGAGCAGGAGGAGUUCAGGGCUCAGCUGGGCAGGGUACAAGAGAAACUGAAGCGUGAAAGGGCAAAGCACCAAGCCAGCAAACAUCAGCUGGAGCAAAGACUGCAGGAGGCCCAGGCAUCCAGGGAGGAGACAGAGAGGAGACUGCAGAAAGAACAUGAGGAGCUAAGGAGAGGUACAGUAGUACUCAACAUGUGAGGACAGAGAGGAAACCUUGCUGACAACAAUAUAUUUGAAGGGAGACUAAAUAAUGUAACAUUUCAAGAGUAAAAGUGCUUUCAUGAUAUUCACAAUAUAAAUGUGUCCCUUUUAGACACCGUGUCCCUAGAGGAUAGCAACUCCAAACUGAAGGCAGAGAUUAGUUUGCAAAAAGAAAGGUUACACAAACUCGGUAAGGACUUACACCCCCACCCCAUGUCUGAUGUUUUAGGAGCAGAAGGAAAGCCCAAGUUAUCUAAUUGUUGUGAACAGAACAUCUGUCAAACAUUGUCCUUUCUUUGUCAGAGUGUGAGAGAGAUGAGCUACAUCAGGAAGUGAAGGCGAUGCAGGUAGAGGAAGAGGCACGGAGUAAACUAGAGGAGAAGACACAAACGCUGGAGGCUCAACUGUCCAGUACUCAGCUCUUACUUGACAAAGAGAAAUCCAAGUACCAGAAUGCCUGUCGCCAACAGGAGGUCUGUAUAACAACCAUGUAUGGAGUUGGGUACUCAUGAGGGCAGUCUUGAAAACCAGACCUGGGGCAGUGCUAGUAGAUAUUUUAAAGACUGCAUCUAAAAACACUGAUCCUGAAGAUUGAUUUGUGUCUGUUUUAAGUGAGUUGUUACUGCACAGUCUCACUGUGUCUUCAACAGUCACUGCAGGCCAAGCAGAGGUCUCUGUUGGAGCGAGUGGAUGCUCUGGACCAGGAGUGUGAGGCGCUUCAGGGACAGUUGGGGGAGAGUGAGGACCGACAGACAGACCUACAGGAACGACUGACACACAUCUCAGAGGAGAAAGACCAACUUCAAACCCAGCUCACCCAACAACGGGUACAUUACUACCUGACAGCUCACAAUGCAAUUGUUUCAUAUAGUUCAUUUUAUAGUGCUGUUUGCAUACAUUGGGCAGGUACAUAUUUCAGCAUAGCAGAUAUAUUACCCAUUUCAUUUCCAAAGAACAAUAAUUUGUGUAUAACUAACUGCCUUGCCUCUGCGUUCCCCGAGGCCUUGUGUUCUGAGCUGCAGCAGGAGAAGCAGAGACUGGAGAGUCAUGUGGGUGAGCUGAAAGACAGUGUGAAUCAGCUGAGAGGAGAGGUGCAGGAGUUAGCCCAGAGGGAGAGGCUGCUGGUGGCGUUCCCGGAGCUUAACCCCCUGCCUCAGAGAUCUCCACAGAGUAGGAUCAUUUCCCUAAAUAACCCAGUGAUUUCUGUGUUGACCCACAUGUUGAAUUUGUUGACUUCUGUAUUGUUUGCCAGUAUGGGUUUACUUACAUUUGGUUUUGAAUAGUUACCGCACAGACCUGGUUACAACUACAGUAUGUUGACUAUGCUAUCACCAUGUCAAGCUGCCUGUCACAGCUCUGUGCAUAUUCUAACCUAAGACUUGACUCUGUCUCUUUCUCAGGCACAGGGGAUGUGUUGGGGGAUAUGGAGCAGCAGUUGCAGGCUAACUAUGUUCGGAUUAGGGUUCUGGAGCAGGAGAAUAGCACCCUGCGCAGUAGCCUGGUGAAACUGAGGGAUAGAGCCCAACUAGGGGCUUCCAUGGUGGGGUCCAAGGUGGGGUCCAGCGGACAAUUCUACUCCUUUAGUAUAAAGUGUGUUGACAGUGGAAACUGAUGAAAGGGGCUAAUACUUCAAUACUGCUGCUGGAGAACUACUGCAUGUUGUGAUCUAUCGAAUACACCUGAUUUGAUUUGAACAAUGAUAAGGACAGUUGUAAACCAUAAAACACAUUGCAAUCUCUUACAGAUUACCUCCCCCAGCAGCUGUGGAUUCACCCAGUCUCUGCUUGACACACCCAGAGAGAGCCAGCUAAAACCCACCCCCUAUGUACAACACAGCCCUCUGUAAGUCAACACCACAGAAAUAACAUAUACACUACCAGUCCAAAGUUUGGACACACCUACUCAUUCAAGGGUUUUUCUUUAUUUUUACUAUUUUUUACAUUGUAGAAUAAUAGUGAAGACAUCAAUACUAUGAAAUAACACAUAUGGAAUCAUGUAGUAACCACAAAAUUGUUAAACAAAUCAAAAUAUAUUUUAUAUUUGAGAUUCUUCAAAUAGCCACCCUUUGCCUUGAUGACAGCUUUGCACACUCUUGGCAUUCUUUCAACCAGCUUCACGAGGUAGUCACCUGGAAUGCAUUGCAAUUAACAGGUGUGCCUUGUUAAGAGUUAAUUUGUGGAAUUUCUUUCCUUCUUAAUGUGUUGAGCCAAUCAGUUGUGUUGUGACAAGGUAAGGGGGGGGGGGGGGGGGGGGGGGGGGGGGGGGGGGUAUACAGAAGAUAGCCAUAUUUGGUAAAAGACCAAGUCCGUAUUAUGGAAAGAACUGCUCAAAUAAGCAAAGAGAAAUGACAGUCCAUCAUUACUUUAAGACAUGAUGGUCAGUCAAUACGGAACAUUUCAAGAACUUUGAACGUUUCUUCAAGUACAGUCGCAAAAACCAUCAAGCACUAUGAUGAAACUGGCUCUCAUGAGGACCGCCACAGGAAUGGAAGACCCAGAGUUACCUCUGCUGCAGAGGAUAAGUUCAUUAGAGUUGCUUCACAGAGUUCAAGCCACAGACACAUCUCAACAUCAACUGUUCAGAGGGGACUGUGUGAAUCAGGCCUUCAUGGUUGAAUUGCUUCAAAGAAACCACUACUAAAGGACACCAAUAAGAAGAAGAGACCUGCUUGGGCCAAGAAACACGAGCAAUGGACAUUAGAAUGGUGGAAAUUUGUCCUUUGGUCUGAGGAGUCCAAAUUGGAGAUUUUUGGUUCCAACCGCCGUGUCUUUGUGAGACGCGAUGUGGGUGAACGGAUGAUCUCCGCAUGUGUAGUUCCCACCGUAAAUCAUGGAGGAGGAGGUGUUAUGGUGUGGGGGUGCUUUGCUGGUGACACUGUCUGUGAUUUAUUUAGAAUUCAAGGCACACUUAACCAGCAUGGCUACCACAGCAUUCUGCAGCGAUACGCCAUCCCAUCUGGUUUGCGCUUAGUGGGACUAUCAUUUGUUUUUCAACAAGACAAUGACCCAACACACCUCCAGGCUGUGUAAGGGCUAUUUUACCAAGAAGGAGAGUGAUGGAGUGCUGCAUCAGAUGACCUGGCCUCCACAAUCCCCCGACCUCAACCCAAUUGAGAUGGUUUGGGAUGAGUCGGUCGGCAGAGUGAGGAAAAAGCAGCCAACAAGUGAUAAGCAUAUGUGGGAACUCCUUCAAGACUGUUGGAAAAGCAUUCCAGGUGAAGCUGGUUGAGAAUGCCAAGAGUGUGGAAAGCUGUCAUCAAGUCAAAGGGUGGCUAUUUGAAGAAUCUCAAUAUAAAAUAUAUUUUGAUUUGUUUAACACCUUUUUGGUUACUACAUGAUUCCAUAUGUGUUAUUUCAUAGUGUUGAUGUCUUCACUAUUAUUCUACAAUGUAGAAAAUUGUAAAAAUAAAACAAAAACCUUGAAUGAGUAGGUGUGUCCAUACUUUUGACUGGUACUGUACAUUUAUGUUUGCAGAUAAUACAGCAUUCAACUGUUUUGCAUGGCCAACUGUUUUUCUUGGGGACAACAAAAAUUGAAUCUUACCUUAGCAUGUAUAGUGUAUUAAUUCUAGUAGUGUUUUCAUAAAUCCAUCCCGACAGACUCUUCAUCUGUUCUCUCAUUCUGUCCAUCCCAGUCAGACCUCCAGUGCAGGAUUGUUGAAACAUGGAGUGAGGAGGAAGGGAGCAGACGAAGGGGCCGUCCCUGUGGAGAUGGGGCCUUCGGAUCACUUGUCCAUCGCUGCCUCGUCGCUCUCUGCCACCUCCUCUACAUCUCUGGUGCACCAGCAGACCCUCCGGCUCUCCCCAGACACCAGUGCAGCCAGAACCUACGCAAGAAUACGCCAGGCAUCCCGAACCCACUCUGUUUGCAUGCACCAGAGGAAGAAGUGA